ACCAGGAUUUACGUCAUAACGCAUAUAAUGUUUAUAGCGACAAGAUCGAUAUUAAUACCGAUUAGUUCUUUUAAUUUAAUUUUUGAGACCAUGCUAGUAAUGUGUACCUUUCUUAAAUUUUUAUUCUGUUUGAAAAUGGACCAUAACACAAAAGUUUAUUUCCUACUGUAAAAUCAUACGUCAUACAGAUAAAUUGUGAUAAAACAAAUGUGGAUGUUUAUGAUGUAUACAUCUAUAGAAUAUUCCAUGACUUCGACAUAGAGAUACUAGGGAUGAUUUGGUAACUUAGAAAAUGGCAACCACAAGUAUAGGUCAAACUUCGUCGACAUGUGCGGAGCAGAAUCGUUGCCACCUGUUUCGUCUGCAAAUGCUGAUUAUAGACGGAGGACUACUGAUACUAAGGAAUAUUUUGGAUAAGAAACUUCAAAAUUCCUCUCUAAGCCUUAGCACAUUUUUACAACAAAAAAGGUUAAAACUAACCAAUCUAAGAGCAAAAGGAAGAAUAACACAAGUACAAUAUGAUGUAUUGUUUCCAUCAGGCGGCAGUGGUCCCUCCACCACCGACCUAGACGUCACGUUAAUCAUGUUUCUGCUUAGGAACUUCAAGUCAUUUGGUAUGAAUAAGAAUUUCCAGUGGAACUCAAAUCCUGCACAAGGUGAUACUUCAAUUGAGGCUGAUAUGUUUCGUCUGACAAUGUACAGGAACGAGCUAAGUCAUAUAUCUUCAACAAGUGGAAUUACACCGAAUAUCUUCACAAAAAAGUGGACGGAGAUCGAACAGGUUCUUUUGAGGUUGAACUCGAAGACGACUCCCAUUCAACAUCUUCAAAAGACCAUUGAUGACUUUAAAGUAAGUCCACUUGAUCCAGAGGCAGAGAGAAGAGUACAGAAGGCCAUAGACAGUUGGCAAAUGUUAGAAAAAAGUGUUGAAGCUGAAUUAAAACUUAUAAAAGAGGACACAAAGGACAUAAAACAUUCUGUAGAUAGUCAGGCACAGAGUAUUGAUGAAUUAAACAGGAGGACGUUUGAACAUGAUUAACAAAUACAGGAAUUAAAGUUAAAGGAAGAACCUAAAAAGGAUGAUACAGCAGAGACAGAAUCAAUGCGACUUUCUCAAUAUGCAGAGUGGAAAAAAAAACUCAAGGAUCAACUGAUAACAUGGUACAACGCCAAUCAGAGUACAGUUCCUCUUUCACCACUAACAGAUGAUUCCCAUACACCUCUAGCUGGGUUCUAUAUUUUGCCAGAAAUUGACAUACAAACGAAUCUCUCAGGUGGAAAGAAAGUAACAACUAGAGUCAAGUCAUUACUCGACCUGUUUGCAUCGGAUAGAAAACGUCAACUGAAAAUAUAUUUAUCAGCGAUAGCUGGAUUCGGGAAAACAGCAUUUUCAAAAUAUCUCACUAUAACGUGGUGUCAAGCUCAUAAAAAGGAUGAAAGCUAUAAGCAUUUUAAAGAAAAAGAAUUAGAUGCUUUGUCUGACUUUAAGUUUUUGUUUCUAGUUCUAUUGAGAGAUUCAGUUAACGUCUGUGAUGUUGACGAUAUGAUUGAACAACAAGUCAUACAAUACCUUCCUUGCUCAUCUUCAAUGCCAAAAGGUCUUUUGAAGGACAUUUUAGAUCAUGAAAAAUGCCUUGUUAUAUUAGAUGGACUUGAUGAAUGGUCACAUCCUGAAAACAAGUGUACAAAACUCCCUAAAAGUAUUCCACAUCAAUAUGAACGUGAAAAAUGUGUUAUCUUAACCACGACCCGGCCAUGGAAGCUUGGAGUCUCAAACUUGAAAACAAAUCAAAUACACAAAACAAUAGAGCUAGUUCAACUUAAAAAAGAUGAUGUACGGCAAUUUAGCCACAAUGCAAUGGGAAUAUUGAAAGACGACACUGAAGAAGAUGAACUCUGUGCAUUUGAAGAGAAAAUUAGAAACCAUGGCCUUGAAGAUAUGAAAUCUACGCCUCUCCUUUUACUCUAUCUUAUAUGUUUAUGGGUUUACAAAUUUCCAAUAGGAAAUUCCGCUGUUGAAAUCUAUACAGGCAUAAUUGAGCUCCUUCUUUCUAGAACAGCAACGCUACAUGGAAAGUUCCAUUCAUCGUGUGAAAUAUCCCCAAGUUAUAUUCCUGAAUGUUUCGAAAACCAUACACGUUGCUCUUGUUACUCCACGUUUCUUUUGAAGAUAGGGAAAUUAGCUUUUUAUACAUUGUUCAGUAAGAUAAAGGAGCACACAUUAGUUUUUGAUAAAAAUAUUGCUGAAAAAUAUCUUAACCAGGAAGAUUUGAAGUCAAGUUGUCUAGCAGGAAUGUUAUCAGAAAGCAAAACGAAAACAUUAAUAGCUGAAAGUUUUAAAAUUUCAUUUUCACAUAAAACAGUGCAAGAAUACUUUUCAGCUAUAUUUAUAAGCUUUAUAAGCUUUCAAGAUACAAAUGAAGUUCAAAAAAUCAUCUUUGAAGAGUGCAACUGUUUACAAAAUAUUCUAAACAUGUCAAAAGUGUUUGUCUUCAUCAGUAAUAUGAACCCAAAAUUAAUGUCUGCAAUAUCAAGAGAUUUAAUGCCGAUGAUAAACAAUGAUGAAAAAACAGGCAAAUACAGAACUAAUACAGAUAUUAAUCACAUGCCUGUGUUACAGGAUAUACAAGACAUGUACAUUUCUUGUGCCAUAGAAACAAAGGAAAACAUAAACCUAAAAUUGUAUUUACAAGAUUUCAGAAUCAGUGACAAUGCACAAUGUCAGGAAUUACAACAUUUGUGUCAGCAAAAUAAAGAAAACAUAAAAUCAAUAAUGAUACGAAAUGUAGAUAUUUAUAGUCUUCAAGAAAUUAUCAAAUUGUUUGCACUCUCUGACUUUCCACUUAUAGAGAAAUUUUACUAUAAGGGAGAAAUUAAAGAAGAAGAAGAAGACGAAAUAACGAGCUUGUUAUUUAAUACUUUAAAAUGUUUCACUAUGAGAUCAUGUAAAUAUAAAAAUCAUGCAUUUCAUGCGAAAUAUUGCCGGCUGUCUGCAGAGAUAAAUGACAGACUGGAAAACUUACAACACCUGGAGUAUUUAUGUUUAACCUAUUUCACUAUGACCCACGAGAUAAUGGAAAGAUUAUUAAUUUUCCUCACUAGCAAAAAGUCAAUGAAAGAAAUAAUAUUGUAUGAACUGAAAUGUAGUGAUCAUGAUACAGAUGAUAUUUCAUGUAGAUUCAACCUGGACCUAUCUCAACAUUUACAUCUAAGAUAUUUAGGAUUGACCCGAAUACCUGUGUCAAAAAUUAACAUGGAUGCAUCCUUGUUGGAGCAAUGUACUGUAGGUGAAUUACAUCAACCUGGUGAUGCGUCAUCUUUUCUCAGUCGACUACCUGCAGCCAGUAAACUACACACAUUAAUGUGUCAGCAUAUAAAAUCGUCCUGUGACAUAGAAACAAUGUUGAAAACUUUACCAUUGUUACAUUACAUGAAAGAAGUUUGGUUGUAUGGAAUCAAUUUAGGUGAAAAGUCAUUAAAACUUUCACCUAAAAUGACCAACAUUGAACUUGUAGCCUUGUAUUAUAUAACAAUGUCUUGUACAGUGUUAAAUGAUCUCAUUUCUGUUGAUCUCAUAACUGUUAUAAAUAAACUACCACAUACAGUGACAGUAUGUCUGGAAGGUUGUGAUAUAAAACCAGAAACAGAAUUUGAGAACUUUAAAACAUUAAUAAAAAACUCAGACAUUUUUGUGAUCACCCAUGAUGGCACCUUAAAGUCUGGGACGUAUAGGUUUGAGUUUAAAACAAUUGAAACUACAUAGUUACCUUAAAUGAACCUGGAGAAAAAAUAUAGAUACGUUACAAGUGAAAUAGAUACAGUUUUUAUAUUUUGAGUCUGACUUUUGAUCAAUAAACCAUUUAGAUAAUUUUAUUAGUUUCUCAAAAUGUGAAUAUGAAUUGAAACAGAGGUUUUCUUGUUAGGUCAACAAGUACGGAUUGAUUCUAAAUGUAUUAAACAGAAGUGUUUUAUUUCUACUCGGUUAUAUAAGGCUAUGAUACGUACUUGUUGUUCACUAUUCAUGACCCUAGGCCAGGUACUGUAGGGGAAGUCAGAUAAACUCAGCUUUGGUCAACUAUAUCAUGACCAACUCGUUAUCUUUUGGGCAACCCGUCCGAACAUUUUUAUGUACAAAAAUGUUAUUUAUCAAAAUUUAAAAUAAUAUCAGUUAUUUAUUUUAUGCUUUUCAUUGGAUUACUGAUUUAUCCGUGAAAAUUAUAUUUGAUAAUUUCACAGUGAAAAUUAUCAAAAUAUAAUUUCACACUUUUCAAUGACGAAACUACUUUUUUAAGAUUUUCCCCAUGUGGUACCUAAAUUUUAUUUUUGCUAACAAUUCUGACAAUGGCAUGCUGUUUAAAGAAAAAGCAAAGCUUAAA